AUGUUUUUCUGUAGAAUAUCGUUCGUAUACCUUGUAUUCUUGGUGGUGGGCCUGGUGGGCUCAGUGUUUGGGAAUGGCCUUGAUGCAAAGGAUGUUGAAUCCUAUUUCAUUCCUGGUGCCAAGGUCUUUGAUCGCUUCUUCGAUUGCCCAUUGGACUAUAGCGAUCCCGAAUCGCCCAAGAUUACGGUCUUUGCACGCCAUCUUGUCCCAGUAGGAAAGGAGAGCCAAAUGAAGACGAUGCCAUUCUUCCUUUAUCUUCAGGGAGGUCCUGGUUUUGAAGUUCCAUUGCCAGGUGACGGUAACUCGGGAUGGAUCAAGACUGCAUUCGAUAACGGAUAUCAAGUACUUCUUUUGGAUCAACGUGGUACUGGUUUAUCGACCCCUGUGUCAGCUGAAUCCCUUCAUGCUCUUGGCGACGAUCAAGAUCAGCUCAACUAUCUUGUGCAUUUCCGAGCAGACAACAUUGUACGUGAUUGUGAGACCAUCCGCAAGAAUUUGACAGCUGGCCGAUCAUCCGAUCUCGAUAGCAAAUUGACGCUUUUGGGUCAAAGCUUUGGUGGAUUUUGCAUCACCACUUAUUUGAGUCUCUUCCCUGAUUCUGUCAGCCACGCCUAUAUCACUGGAGGUGUACCACCACUCGUUAAUGAUCCUGAGCCAGUGUAUCGAUCCCUGUACCCUCGCAUCUUGAAAAGGAACAAGGCUUAUUACUCAAAGUACCCACGCGAUGUGGAGCGUGUCCGUCAGAUCCAUGAGCAUCUUUCCCAAAAUGAAGUUACUCUUCCCAAUGGGGGUCGUCUAUCACCUCGUCGCUUUUUGCAAUUGGGUAUAUUGUUUGGCCAAACCCCUGGAUAUGAUACGUUGCAUCAAAUCGUGUUGUCAGCAGCAGCCGAUUUGGAUCGACAAGAUGAGCUUAGCUACCGCACUCUUUCUCGUAUCCAAGGUCUACAAGAUUGGGAUACCAAUGUCAUUUACGCUAUCCUCCAUGAACCUAUUUAUUGCCAAGAUGGCCAUCCUAGCAACUGGACUGCUGAGCGAUUGUUAUCCGAAGAGCCCUUCAAGUCUGAUUUCGAGUGGCGUGCCGAUAAGCUCAAGCCUGAUCAGCCUGUUUACUUUACAGGAGAAACUAUUUAUCCAUUCAUGCUCGAUGAUUAUGCUGAGCUACGACCCUUGAAAAAGGUUGCCAACAUGCUUGCCGAAUACAAGGGAUGGGGAAAGCUCUAUGAUGAAGAUGUGCUCGCAAAGAACAAAGUUCCUGUCGCUGGUGUCAGCUACUAUGAAGACAUGUUUGUCGACAUUAAUCUCUCCGAGGAAACAGCAUCCAAGAUCCAAGGAUUCCAACAAUGGGUCACCAACCAAUAUGCUCACAACGGUGUGCGUGUGGAUGGCGAGAAUGUCCUUGGUUAUCUCAUGAAGUUGGCUGCAGGUGAUGAAGCUUACAAUCGAUAG